UGACAUCGGUGAAUGUUGGAUGACUUGAUCUCCAUGAGUAUAAGAUGGCCGAGGCUUCUUUCACCCACAAACCUCUCCCAAAUCAUACGUAUGCAAAAGAACCCAUUAACAGCUCUCGAAAUUUUCAGUGAGGCACAAUCCAAGUACCCCAAUUACCGUCAUAAUGGUCCAGUUUACGCCACCAUGAUUGACAUACUUGGAAGCUCCGGCCGAAUUGCUGAGAUGAAGGAAGUCAUUAAUCAAAUGAAGAAUGACUCCUGUGAAUGUAAGGAUUCGGUGUUUGUAGCUGCAAUCAAGACCUACGCGAGAGCAGGGCAGCUGGACGAGGCGGUGUCACUAUUUAAGAACCUUUUGCAGUUCAACUGUGUGAAUUGGACGCAGUCUUUUAGCACCCUGGUAGAGAUUAUGGUCGAAGAGUCCAGGCUUGAAGAGGCUUGUCGCCUUUUCGUGGAGCAUUGCUGUGGGUGGGAAGUGGGCUCAAGGGUUCGGUCUUUGAAUUUGCUUAUGCUUGCUUUGUGCAAGAAGGGUCGUUCAGAUAUUGCAUUGCAUGUUUUCCAAGAGAUGGAUUAUCAGAGCUGCAAUCCGGAUAGGGAGAGUUACCGGAUAUUAAUGAGAGGGUUGUGCGAAGAUAGGAGGCUGAAUGAGGCGACUCAUUUGUUGUAUUCGAUGUUUUGGAGGAUUUCUCAUAAGGGUUGUGCUGAGGAUAUUGUAUAUAGAACCUUGUUGGAUGCCUUGUGUGAUUAUGGGAAGAUUGAAGAGGCUGUGGAAAUUCUUGGUAAGAUUUUAAGGAAGGGGCUGAAGGCACCUAAGAAGUUUCGCCACCAACUGGAUCUUAGAUGGUAUAAUUAUGGGGUAAACACAGACGGCAUCAAAUGUGUGAUCAAUGAGGCUCUGGUCAGAGGAGGGAAUCCCAGUUUGGUGAGCUAUAGUGCUAUGGCAAUCGAUCUUUACAACGAAAAUAAGAUCAUUGAGGCUGACGCAGUACUAAACGUAAUGCAGGAUAGGGGCUUCAGGCCAACAUUUGUUGUUUAUGGAGCAAAGGUGGCCGCAUUAGGUAAGGGGAGGAAAGUUGUUGAAGCAGUGGAGGUGAUUGAAGGAAAGGAGAUGGUGAGGGCGAAUUGUGUUCCAACUGUGAAAGUGUUCAGCACUGUGGUGAGAGGCCUUUGUCAUGAAAAGCAAUCAGUUCUGGCUCUUGAGUUUUUGAAGAAGAUGGAGAAGCAGGUGGGAUGUGUAGCUGACAAGGAAACUUACAGCGGUUUAGUUGAUGGGCUUUGUUCCGAGAGUAGGUUUCUCAAAGCAAGCCAAGUAAUGCAGGAAAUGCUUAUCAAGUCGAGAUUGCCUUGCGCCGAAACCUACACACUAGUAAUUAGGGGGCUGUGUUCAUUGGGAAGGCAAUAUGAAGCUGUUAUGUGGUUGGAAGAGAUGAUAAGUCAGGCAAUACUACCACAAUAUACUGUAUGGAAUUCAUUGGCAGCAUCUGUCUGUUGCAACAUUGCUAAUAUUGAGGCGUGCUCUGGGGUCUAUUACCGGCUUAAGUGUUCUUGCUCAAUGUAAAUUUCUGUAGUUGAGGAUUUCAACAGUCUUUCUUA